AUGGUAGAUUUACGGCCUUACGUGGAUAUACAAGAGAACGCCAUCUCAUCAGCAGUAGCAGGACCAGGACCAGGAGCCUCGAAUGCAUUGAUAGAAGAAGAAGAAGAAGAGGAGGAGGAAUCUGAGUGUCGUGUCUGUCGUGGUGAAGCAGAAUCUGACCGUCGUCUCUUUGCACCAUGUAAAUGUAGUGGAAGUAUACGGUAUACACAUUCUGAUUGCCUUGAACAAUGGCUUGUACACUCUGGAAAGACUUUUUGUGAACUCUGUGGUCAUGAAUUUACAUUUACACCCGUCUAUGAUGAAAAUGCACCGGAUAUUUUGCCCUGGACGGAGCUCCUGGGUACAGGAUUACGUGUUCUUUUACUCAAGUGGUUACCAUUUAUGCUACGAGUUAUUGUAGUAGUAGUACUAUGGCUUGCAGUCGCACCAUGGUGUACAAGUUGGCUCUAUCGUAUGUGGUUAUUACGUGCUUCAGCAAUGGUGAAUGUGAAUUUCUUGGAACGUUUUGAUGUGCGACAUAUUGUUGCUGAUAUUUUCUCGGGUGUGAUUUUGAUUGUAUGUAUCGUCUUUUCCUUCUUAGCACUCAUGUCAUUUGCUGAUUUUCUAAGGUUUCAUUUAGAUCAUAUUGAAGAAGAAAGAGUUGAUGAAGGGAUACAUCAUCAUCGUCAACAGCAGCAGCAUCAUCGUCAUGAUGUACAACCAAAUCUUAGACGUGGACAGAUUGGAGAAGCUAAUGAGGUACACAAUAUUGUGGAAAAUGAACGAGAAGUGGAACAGGUUCGACAUGUCCGCCCUAUUUUUGAAGGCCCUCGGAGAUUAGGUCACUUGGAAGAUAAUGCUGAGGCCAAUGACGAUUCGUCCGAGGAAGAAGAGUGGGUUCACCAGAACCGAGAUGAACCAUUUGCCGAUGCUUUCCAGCAUCAAGAGUUUGGAUUGCCGCCUAAUGUUGAAGACGCAGCAAUGCCGGAACCGCAACAUGGUAUUCGACAACGUCGACCGCUGCGUGACGCACUGGAUGUGGAAGAAGAUCGAGGACAUCAUGGUCCUGCAGGAGCAGCACCGAGAGUUGCACGAAACCGUGUAGAUCCAAAUAUAAACCAGCGGGAAUGGGAAGACGACUUUGAGCAUAUGGAAAUUAACAUCGCGAUGGACGAGCUUCUUGGACUACGUGGUGACUUUGUGGUGCUUUUCCGCAAUGUAUCGUGGCUGCUCGCGUUUAACGGUGCCUACCUCGGCUUGUUUGCAUUUAUUCCGUACACAUUGGGUAGCACUUUGCUGUCUGCAGGGGCUAGAAUUGUUACGUCAUUACCAGUUGCCUCCUCUACGUUUUUCACCUUCACCACACUCGAAUCCGCCACGGACGAGGGGAUGUCGAUUGGAGCUUAUUUUGUGAAGACGCUGCUGCGCUCGAUUGAGACGGCUAAGGACAACGGUGACUGCUUGCAGCUUGUGGAUUUGUGUACGUGCGCGAUGGGCUAUUUGUCCAUUUGCUUGACGGUUGUGCUGUGGAGGUUCAUGGUAAGGACUGCUUCUUCCUACAUACAUCGUCCCCUCAUGGACGGUCUGCUAUGGGCUUUGCGUUGCCUGACGGCAAUUGUGAAGGUAUCGACGCUGUUGUUGCUAAAGAUGGUAGUUUUGCCAAUUAUUCUUGGCUUUUGCAUCGACUUUGCAACACUUCACUUAUUCAUGGUAUCUGCACAAGACCGCGUUGCAUUUUGCAUGGAGAAUAUGAUCUGCUCGCUGAUGGUGCACUGGGUGCUUGGCAUUACCUUUAUGCUUUUUGUAACGGUAUCUGUAUUGCAAAUGCGUGAAGUUGCGCACCCCGACAUUCUGGCAAAGGUUAUUCGACCACAAGAAGACCAUCCGGAUCUUUUGCGUACGCUACUGAGUGAGCGGUGCAUGAAACAUGCCCGCCGUAUGAUUUUGUCGCUUGCGAUCUAUGCGGCGCUGUUGCUACUUCUUGUGUAUGUUCCUGUUCAUAUUGCAAGUGGUUUUGCGCCUUCGUUUUUUCCACUGACACUUCGCUUCCAGCACUUGAGCUCCGAGAUUCAAGUGCCAUUGGAGCUGCUUGUUGUCCAUCUUGUUGUGCUUAGUGUGUUGGAGCAUGCGAAGAACGACAUUGGAAAGUUCCAACAUCUCGGAAUUCUGUUUGCAAGCGAGUGGUUGGGUUUGACUGAUUACUUGCUGCCACAAACGAAGUUGGAGGUUGUUGUGAAUGGCCAGCGCAAGUCGAAGACAAUUGUAUUGCCUCCACCACCUCUUCAUUUCCACCCUCGCGCUCAGUUGCCACCUGAGGAACUGCGUGUCGAUGGCCACCGUUACUUGCCGUGGCCUGAUGAUGGUUUGGAUGAUUCGCAAGCUGUUGAGUACCCGUUGCUUCCACGUGAGAGGCCGUCUUAUCUUUUGGUUCGCCUAGCUGGAUUAGCAGUUUUUGCGUGGGCAGCCUGCGUCGUGGUGGUCGGGACGUUUGUGUUUGGAUCACUUUUCAUCGGGCGGGUUUGCAUGGGUCCAUUUGAACGCGUGACUGGAAUCAGCCACGACCCGCUCGUGAUGGCUGCCGGAGUGCAAAUAAUCUGGCACUUUGUGAACAGCAUUCAUGCUCUAAAUAUUUUGAUGCUUCCGGAAGAUCGAGUGGAUCGGACUCUAGUUCAACGUGGAUACUGUGUCCGUAACAUGACACCAGUAAAUGCAGUGGUUUGUGCUGUGGGCUGGACGUUUUUGUGCCCAUUUUUGCUAGGCCAGCUAAUGUCCUUAUGCGUUGCGAGUGCAAAUGCAUCAGCUGUGGAAAGUCUAUUGAUGGGUUAUUUGGUAUUAAACAUGUUUGCAUGGGUGGUUUGUUGCUUCCGAGCGAAGCGUAACAACAGACGACGCAAUCAGCGACAAGCAGGCCUUGAAGGGCUGGAGCCUGACGAGGAUGGAUUCCUAGACGUGGAUGGAGUGGACGAGCUGUUUGAAGAUGAUGUAAAUGACGACGAAUUGGAAGAAGAGAGAGAAGAAGAACCAUUGAAUGGGGAGGGUGCUGCUGUUGCUGCUGCCGUUGCACAACCGAUAGGCUUUAUUGCCUCAUUCCGCAAGGCGUAUCGUCAACUUAUGUUUAGUGUGGCAGUACACGAAAACGAUGCCGUUCGACUGCGUCGAGAUAACAUCCGAGAGAAGUGUUUUGACAUGGCUUUUUUCCAGCAAAACGUAUUGUUGCCCAUUGUAACGUUCCUGAUUGGAAUGCUAGUGGUGCCGUGGUUAUUGUCGUCUGCGAUCUCGUUGGUGUAUCCGUCCGAGAAAGUCGCAUUUGCUGUAUGUGCAUUUUGGGUUGGUACAAUAUUUUUGUUGGUUCGGUCACACUCGUACGUGACCCAAUGGUUGUCAAACCUAAGCGAGUCGAUUCGCAACGAGCGUUAUUUGAUCGGCCGCCAGCUGCAAGAUAUGGCUCGUUAA